AUGAUGUCUGUAGCCGCACGUCAUGGGUCGCUGUAUCCGUACUUGCAGGCUGUAAGGAACGGAAUCAAAAACGCAAAGGAUGCGGGCCUAGCAGGUUCAGGAAUCCGGCUUGCUCACACAGACCUCAAGAUUCCUGAUUUUACAGACUACCGUCGACCUGACGUUGUUGACCCAAAUAAGUCCUCCCAGGGCAGCAGCGAAUCUAGAAGAUCCUUCUCCUACGUACUCACAGGGGCCACCACUGUGAUUGGGCUCUAUGCUGCCAAAACUGUGGUCACACAGUUUGUAUCAUCUAUGAGUGCAUCAGCUGAUGUUUUGGCCUUGUCUCAAAUUGAAAUCAAGUUGAGUGAAAUCCCUGAAGGUAAAAACAUGACCUUCAAGUGGAGAGGGAAACCCCUGUUUGUUCGUCAUAGAACAGACAAGGAAAUUGCUGCGGAAGCUGCUGUAAAUCUUGCAGAAUUGCGUGAUCCUGAGCACGACAAAGACCGAGUGUCUAAUCCUCGGUGGGUGAUUGUUCUUGGGGUGUGCACUCACUUGGGUUGUGUGCCCAUUGCUAACGCUGGUGACUUUGGGGGAUACUAUUGUCCUUGCCAUGGCUCUCAUUACGAUGCAUCUGGAAGAAUCAGAAAAGGACCCGCUCCCCUUAACCUUGAGGUUCCUUAUUAUGAAUUCCUUGAUGAUGACACUGUAAUUGUGGGAUAA